CUCCAUGGUAACGACGCUCGGCCCGAAGAUGGCGGCCGAGUGGGGAGGAGGAGCGGGUUACUCAGGCUCAGGCCCGGGCCGGAGCCGGUGGCGCUGGAGCGGGUCUAUGUGGGUCCGAAGCGUUUUACUCCUGUUGGGCGGGCUCCGGGCCAGCGCCACAUCUACUCCCGUCUCCUUGGGCAGUUCCCCUCCCUGCCGGCACCACGUCCCCUCUGACACUGAGGUUAUAAAUAAAGUUCAUCUUAAGGCAAAUCAUGUGGUCAAGAGAGAUGUUGAUGAGCAUUUAAGAAUCAAGACUGUUUAUGAUAAAAGUGUUGAAGAGUUGCUCCCUGAGAAAAAAAAUCUUGUAAAGAACAAGCUUUUCCCACAAGCUAUUUCUUAUUUAGAGAAGACUUUUCAGGUCCGUCGACCUGCGGGCACCAUCUUACUUAGCAGACAAUGUGCAACAAACCAAUACCUCCGGAAGGAAAACGACCCUCACAGGUACUGCACCGGGGAGUGCGCCGCGCACACGAGAUGCGGCCCCGUUGUUGUUCCAGAGGAACAUCUCCAGCAAUGCAGGGUCUACCGCGGUGGUAAGUGGCCUCACCGAGCAGUGGGUGUGCCAGACCAAGAAGGCAUCUCAGACGCAGACUUUGUUCUUUAUGUUGGUGCUCUGGCCACCGAGAGGUGCAGCCAAGAAAACAUCAUCUCUUAUGCAGCCUAUUGUCAGCAGGAAGCAGACAUGGACAGGCCAAUAGCAGGAUAUGCUAACCUGUGUCCAAAUAUGAUCUCUACCCAGCCUCAGGAGUUUAUUGGGAUGCUGUCCACAGUGAAACAUGAGGUUAUUCAUGCCCUGGGUUUCUCUGCUGGGCUGUUUGCAUUCUACCAUGACAAAGAUGGAAAUCCUCUCACUUCAAGAUUUGCGGACGGCCUCCCACCUUUUAAUUAUAGUCUUGGAUUAUAUCAAUGGAGUGAUAAAGUAGUUCGGAAAGUGGAGAGAUUAUGGGAUGUUCGAGAUAAUAAGAUAGUUCGUCACACCGUGUAUCUCCUGGUAACACCUCGUGUUGUUGAGGAAGCACGAAAACAUUUUGAUUGUCCAGUUCUGGAGGGAAUGGAACUUGAAAAUCAAGGUGGUAUGGGUACUGAGCUCAACCAUUGGGAAAAAAGGUUAUUAGAGAACGAAGCGAUGACUGGUUCUCACACUCAGAAUCGAGUACUCUCUCGGAUCACUCUGGCGUUAAUGGAGGACACUGGCUGGUAUAAAGCAAAUUACAGCAUGGCUGAGAAGUUAGACUGGGGCCGAGGAAUGGGCUGUGACUUUGUCAGGAAGAGCUGUAAAUUCUGGAUUGAUCAGCAAAGACAAAACAAGAGGCAAAACCAAUGGGCAUGGCAAUGUUCCUGUCAUCUUCCCCAUCUCUACAAAAAGAGGCAGACGCUGAGCCCUUACUGUGACACGCUCAGAAGUAACCCACUGCAGUUAACUUGCAGACAGGACCAGAGAGCAGUUGCAGUGUGUAAUUUGCAGAAGUUCCCUAAACCUUUACCACAGGAAUACCAGUACUUUGAUGAACUCAGUGGGAUACCUGCAGAAGAUUUGCCUUAUUAUGGUGGCUCCGUGGAAAUUGCUGACUAUUGCCCUUUCAGUCAGGAAUUCAGUUGGCAUUUAAGUGGUGAAUAUCAGCGCAGCUCAGAUUGUAGAAUAUUGGAAAAUCAACCAGAAAUUUUUAAGAACUAUGGCGCUGAAAAGUAUGGACCUCAUUCAGUUUGUCUAAUUCAGAAAUCAGCAUUUGUUAUGGAAAAGUGUGAGAGGAAGCUGAGUUACCCAGACUGGGGGAGCGGAUGCUAUCAGGUUUCUUGUUCUCCUCAAGGUCUGAAAGUUUGGGUCCAAGAUACUUCAUAUUUGUGUAGUCGGGCUGGGCAGGUCCUCCCCAUCAGUAUCCAGAUGAAUGGCUGGAUUCAUGAUGGAAACCUACUCUGCCCAUCGUGUUGGGACUUCUGUGAGCUCUGUCCUCCAGAAACAGAUCCUCCAGCUACUAACUUGACCCGAGCUCUGCCACUGGAUCUUUGCUCCUGUUCCUCAAGCCUGGUGGUCACCCUCUGGCUUCUGCUAGGCAAUCUGUUUCCUCUACUGGCUGGAUUUCUUCUGUGUGUAUGGCAUUAGGAAUGGAAAAGUGGAUCUUCAAGAUAUCCUUUUAUGUUAUGUUCAUGUGAACAAAGCACAAAGUUUGAGUGAGUGCCAGCCUAUGCAGAUGGCAGAAGUGGCAUUCCUGAAUUUGGCUUAGAAGAGUUGAUGACCAUCAGACCUUAAAACAGAACUUCACAGCUGCCUGUCCUCAUCAGCAACCCAGCCACCUUCAUCAGCAACCCAGCCACCUUCAUCAGCAACCCGGCCACCUUCAUCAACAACCCGGCCACCUUCAUCAGCAACCCAACCACCUCAUCUUGGAGAAGGAGAAGGAACUGCAAGUCACUUAGGAUUUUUAAUCUUCCUAAAGUUUUCCUUUGAAAAAAGGAUAAUGGGUGGAAUUUUCAGAGUGAUUACAUACCUCAACAUUUUUAUUAACAUAUAACAGUGGGAAAGUUCAUCAUCCGUAUACUGCAGUAACUUAAACAACAGCUAAUUAUUGCAAGAUUAGAAUUAGAGAUCUUGUCCUUAAAAGUAUAAAUUGUCCUUUGAUUUAUAGAAAAUAAUUGAAUUGGGAUUUCUACAUAUCAUUAUUAUACCUAUUUUAAAUUUAAUGGCAGCCGGGCAUGGUGGUGCAUGCCUGUAGUUCCAGCUACUUGGGAGGCUGAGGCAGGAGGAUCGCUUGAGCCCAGGAGUUCGAGGCUGCAAUGAGCUAUGAUUGCACCGCUGUAUUCCAGCCUGAGCAAUAGAGUGAGACCCUGUAUCUUUAAGAAAAAAAAAUUAAUGGCUGUAUAUAGUAAACUUAAUUCACUGUUCCCAUUGUUUAUUCUAAAGAAUUUUUUUUAAAUGUUUCAUUAAAUCUUAUGAUUUAACCGUGUUUGCCCUUUUUGCCAGCUGUGUGGCAGUUUAUGGCAGAACUGCUGUCAGUGUGCUGGUAGCCAUCUAUUCAUUCCUUUUCAGAGCUCAGCUUCCAGAACUGCUAUCAGUGUGCUGGUAGCCCUCUGUAUUCAUCCCUCUUCAGAGCUCAGCUUCCAGUUGUAUUCUUCAUGAGUUUGAUAAUGACAUGAAAAAAUGUGGAAACAGAGAGAGUAAAAUACUCUGCCCGGUAAAAACAUGGAAGACGUGCAAACAGAAAAAAACAUAAUUGUAUUUUUUUGAUAAUACUUAAGACAAUUGUGAUCCAACAAAAACAGAACUAUUCCUUUGUGACCGAUGAAGAUAAGAAAUUCUGGCAGACAGGUAUGCAGUUUUUUAAAGUGGUUUAAGAAAUUAUUGCAGAAGAAUUUCCAACAUCUGAAAAUGGUUUUAUGUAUAAGAAGGAAAAUACAAGUUAAAACGAGAUGGUCUGAAUUGUGUACUAAUAGCAAGGUACAAGUUUGGAUAGAGCCUAUCCAGUAGCGUCCACUGUACCACUUUAAGUAAGACUCAGUCCACAGAAGCUGGAAGAUUGCCUUUGCUUUAAAUAUCCUUUACCUCCUGCAUUUGACACUCCUCCUAUUACUGGUAACAUAGAUUCCAGUCACCAGAAGUAAUUUUACACUGGUAAUAGAGCUUACCAGCCCCAUUUAGUAAUUCCUAUUUGAAAUUUCUUAAUGUUCAGAUGAGGUUUAACAAGAAUAUGAAAAGAAAAAAAUAUAUAUUCAUGAAUGAUAGGCGAUGCCCAUUGUUUCUCUCAAGCUAAUGAAGUCCUGCGGCAUUGUAAUCACAACCCUCGGACAGACUCCUCCUAUUCCUCCAUGGCAUUGUAACCGCAACCCUCGGACAGACUCCUCCUAUUCCUCCAUGGCAUUGUAACUGCAACCCUCGGACAGACUCCUCCUAUUCCUCCAUGGCAUUGUAAACACAACCCUCAGACAGACUCCUCCUAUUCCUCCAUGGCAUUGUAACCACAGCCUUCGGACAGACUCCUAUUCCUCCAUGUCAUUAUAAUCACAACCCUCAGACAGACUCCUUCUAUUCCUCCAUGGCAUUGUAAACACAACCCUCAGACAGACUCCUCCUGUUCCUCCAUGGCAUUGUAACCACAACCCUCGGACAGACUCCUUCUAUUCCUCAAUGGUGUUGUAACCACAACCCUUGGACAGACUCCUUCUAUUCCUCCAUGGCAUUGUAAACACAACCCUCGGACACACUCCUCCUAUUCCUUCAUGGCAUUGUAACCACAGCCCUCUGACAGACUCCUAUUCCUCCAUGGUGUUGUAAACACAACCCUCGGAUAGACUCCUGUUCCUCCAUGGCAUUGUAACCACAACCCUCGGACAGACUCCUCCUGUUCUUCCAUGUCAUUGUAACCACAACCUCAGACAGACUACUCCUAUUCCUCCAUGACAUUGUAAACACAACACUCGGAGAGACUCCUAUUCCUCCAUGGCGUUGUAACCACAACCCUUGGACAGACUCCUCCUGUUCCUCCAUGGCAUUGUAACCACAACCUUGGACAGACUCCUCUUAUUCCUCCAUGACAUUGUAAACACAACACUCAGACAGACUCCUAUUCCUCCAUGGUGUUGUAACCACAGCCCUCGGACAGACUCCUUCUAUUCCUCCAUGGCAUUGUAACCACAGCCCUCGGACAGACUCCUCUUAUUCCUCCAUGGCGUUGUAACCACAACCCUCGGACAGACUCCUGUUCCUCCAUGGCAUUAUAACCACAACCCUUCGACAGACUGCUUCUCUUCCUCCAUGGUAUUGUAACCACAACCCUUGGAUAGACUCCUCCUAUUCCUCCAUGGUAUUGUAACCACAACCCUCAGACAGACUCCUUAUACUCCUCCUUUUCUCGUCCUUCCCUCCUUUUCGUCCAUUCAGCAUGUAGCUAUUCAGUACUCCAUUGAAAAAAUUGUGCUAAGUGAGCAAAGCAGCAUAAUUACUAAGAAUUAAUUCUGAUUAUUUGGCAUUAGAGCCAACAGCAACCCCAGCAUAGAGGAAAGUCGCUUUUUUUCAGAUGCAUAAAUUUAAAGUAUAUAUUUGCAUGUGGUUUUAAAUGGGAGGUUUUUGUCAUUGUGAAAAGGUGGGAAUCUCAAACAUAGUUAACUUAACUAAAAAGAAGCUAAUACAGGUUGAGCAUUCAUAAUCCAAAAAUCCGGAAUUCAAAUUGCUCCAAAAUCUGAAACUUUCUGAAUGCUGACCUGAUACCACAAGUGGAAAAUUCCGCAUAUAAGUACUUAACACAAACUUUGUUUCAUGCACAAACUACUAAAAAUAUUGUAUAAAAUUACCUUCAGGCAGUGUCUGUAGGUAUGUAUGAAACAUGAAUUUCAUGUUUAGACUUGGGUCCCAUGCCCCAGAUACCUCAUUAGGUAUCUGUAAAUAUCCAAAUUCCAAAAAAAGUCUGAAAUCUGAAACACUUCUGGUCCCAAGCAUUUCAGUAAGUGAUGCUCAACCUGCAUAAUGGUCUGCGGGCCAGUGCUCAUUUUCUGCAUAUGUUGUACACACUUUAAAUUGUGCAAAGUCAAAGAAAAGCAAAGAGUCUAUUUUUAAAGAAACUUAACAAUAAUCUAAGCAUAUACUUAUGAUUAUGAAUCAUCCUGCAAAGAGCUGUAUAAAGAAUUUUACCAAAAAUACAAUGAAUUAAUCAUAUAUUUGAGAGUCACAGUGAUAGGUUUGACUAUAUUUUGACUGUUGUGUAGUGGCACCAUUUAGGUAGUGUUGUUUCUGAGCAUGGUGCUUUUUAUACUUGAAAUAUAUUUUUGCUUUAUUUUUUAUUGAUAUAAUUAUAUUUGCACUAAUGGCUUUCUGAAGAAAAUAUUAUAGAUGACUUUUUUGUAUAUAUAUUUAUUAAGCUUGGAAACCUGGUAUCCCAGUGUUUUCUCUGGACAAAUGUGAAACUGGAUAAACUAUGGUGUCUAGAUAAAGUAUGGAUAAAGUCUUGAGUUCCUCAGGGUAACUGUGUUGAUAUCUCCUGUCCUCUUCAGUAAGGCUUGAAUAUGAUUACUGAUCAUUGAUUCUGCAUAGUGUAUCCAGCAAGGCUUGGAAGGACACUGAACCUGUCAGAGAUUUUAAGAGGCACAUUUUAGUCACUUCGAAUAUGAUAGUGGCGGGUGCGGUGACUCAUGCCUGUAAUCCCAACACUUUGGGAGGCCGAGGCGGGUGGAUCACUAGGUCAGGAGUUUGAGGUUACAGUGAGCUUGAUCACACCACUGCACUGUGCAGCCUGGAUGACAGAGGGAGACUCUUUCUUGGGGAAAAAAAAGAUGACAGUGAAGCAGACUUCUAGAAUCCGAGAUGUCAUUGCAGCAUUAUUGGUAUAAAAUUCAGCUGCAAAGUGGAGAGUUUGAAAUGGCCCACGCGUUGGUAUCCUGUGGCAGGUUAUACCUUCAUGUUAGCAAAGACAAAGCCGUGUCUCUGUAAGAGGGACAGACUGGGCUGGCUGCAGCUGUAGUGGAAGUGAGGGAUGCAGGGAAGGAAUGGGGAGCAGCAAUUUGGGGACAGUAGACUGGAGUCACUUUCUGAUUCAAAAAGGGUCAAGUACUUAUAAAAACUGACUACUUUGGUUUUCAGUUCAGACUUAGGCUCAUUUUGAUCAUUUUAAGGUCCCAGUUGUCAAAAAUAUCAAGUGAAUUUGUCUCAGGUUUUCAGGAACAAAAUUUACAGGAAGGAAGCAAAAGCCAUGUCAGUAGCCUGGAGCUGACAGCUUUAAAGAAACUGGCAAACAGGUAGGUCGUCCUAAUAUAGAUCCUUCCAGUAUUCUCCUGAAAAACAUCCUUUUAUUUCUGAAAACCAGUAACCCUUACAUUUUUCCUAUAGGAUGCUUAUUUUUCUUGAGACCAAAUAGACAUUCUAUAAAUGUUAUGAAUUAUGCUUGCAGUUAGUUUUUAGCCUAUCUAGGCUUAAGGUUUAUUGAUAUUUGAAGUUGAAACAUCAUUUUAUGAGGUUUAGUUUUAGGAAGGUAAAUAAAUAAAUAUAUCAAAGUAUUCCAUAAUGUUGUAUCAGUGUCCCCUCUAACAUUAGAAGACUUACUGACUGAGGCCAUCUGUGAACGACUAAGUGAUCUCUCAGAAUCCUUCCAGCCCUAUAGCCUGUGACUAACACUCAUCCAGAAUUGCGGUCUGUGCUGGCUGUGGUCUGCCUCCAGGAGCAUAUGCCAUCCUGCGUGCUGUGUUCGUCACAGUGUCUGUGCUCGGUGCCUUACCACUGGCCAUGUCCUUGGACGCUAAAUGGACAGAGAGGAGCCUGUCUCUCAGGGCACAUGAGUGGUCAUGGCAGGAGGAGACAGGCCUCAGUCACAGUGGACACUCGUCAUUCCUGCCAUGUCCUUGCAGCCCAGGAGGACUAACAAGAUUUUAAUGAAGUCUGUGUUACUCAUUCUGAAGAAAAGAACUUACCUGAGAGGAAGAAUAUUUUUUAAAUAUAUAUUAGAUUGGGGAUGGGGAGGGAGUGGUUGUUUUCUUUUGUGUUUACGUUUUUAAUAACUAAAAUAGAAGAUUUAAGAAUAUUUAUGGUAUUGAACUUUAAGUGUAAUAUGUUUCUUAGAAAAAGACAACUUUAAUAAAAAUGGAAACUAA